GUUACUCACACACUUCAUCAGAGGCAUCAAUAUUUUCUCUCUCUCUUUCUCUUUCUCUCUCAUCUCUUGCUCUCUCUCUCUCUCUCUCUCUCACUUGAAUCCACAUGAAUCGUUCCUUCAGAUUGUUAGGCGGCGUGAACUCGUCGUCGUCGCCUCCGACACCGUCGUCACCGGAACCCUCGGUAGACUCAGACUUCGUAGUAAUCCUCGCCGCCCUUCUCUGUGCUCUAAUCUGUGUUCUCGGUCUGGUUGCGGUGGCUCGGUGCGCUUGGCUCCGUCGCCUUUCUACCGGGAACAGUGGUAGUAGUAGUGUUGGUGGAGGAGCUAGCUCGAACCGGCCUCAACCUCCACCACCGAACAAAGGCCUCAAGAAGAAGAUCCUUCGCUCUCUUCCGAAGCUCGCUUUCACUCCCGAAUUAGCUUCUAAGUUCACCGACUGUGCGAUCUGCCUCGCUGAGUUCGCCGCCGGAGACGAGAUCCGUGAGCUCCCGCAGUGCGGCCACGCCUUCCAUGUCGCCUGUAUCGAUACCUGGCUCGGAUCGCACUCUUCCUGCCCUUCCUGCCGUCAGAUUUUGGUCGUCGCAAGGUGUCAAAAGUGCGGUGGUUUCCCUGCCUCUUCGAGCUCUUCAAGCUCCGAUGCCGAAGCCAGAUUGAAGGAGAGAGAGGACUCCAUUAAUAGGUUCUUGCCUUAGCCAUUAACUUUCAACUGCUAUCUCUCUACUUUCCACUUUCCACCCUAAGUUAUAUUACUAGCUACUUACUUAGUACUGUUAUUAUAAUUACUAUAAAUUAUUAUUUUAGAUCUUAACUCGAUCUUAUUUAUUUCCAUAUAGAUCUAGUUCAUCAAUCAUAUAAAUACAUAUAUAUAUAUAAAUCUAUGUAUAAAUAGGGAUUUCAAGGAUAGCAGAGAGAAUAAUUCUGUUGCCAUUGCUGUUUAUGAUUAUAAUUACUUAUAUAAUUAUGUUUGUAUAUAGUUAUUAUUACUAUCUAAUCUUUAAACUUGUCUC